ACAUAGAUGUAUGUAUAUCUAUAACAUAAUCUUCAGUCUGCUUUUUCCCAUUUUGUAAGUAUACAUACUUCUUUACAGUCAGUUGGAAUGCCGACAAUGAUGAGCAUCCCAAUAAGCAAUCAGAAACUCAGCAAACAGUGUUACAUAGGUUUUAAAACAAAUAGUUAUAUUAGGCCCCAUUUUAUUCUUUUUUCUUUAUCUGCUCCAGAAUGGAUUGGUUUCACUGCAACCAAUGUUUCCGAAAAGAUGGGGCCCAUUUCUUUGUUACCAGCUGUGGCCAUAUUUUCUGUAAAAGGUGUGUGACUCUGGAAAAAUGUGCUGUUUGUGGAACUCCUUGCAAACAUCUGGCUCUUUCUGAUAAUCUAAAACCUCAGGAGAAGAUGUUCUUCAAAAGCCCUGUGGAGACAGCUUUACAGUAUUUUAGUCAUAUCUCUCAGGUGUGGAGUUUCCAGAAGAAACAAACAGAUCUCCUCAUCGCCUUUUAUAAGCAUAGAAUUACAAAGUUAGAAGCAGCCUUACAGGAAGCACAGCAAACAGUGACCAGCCAGGACAAAGAGCUGUCAACCUUAAGAAAGGAGAAUGGAGAACUGAAGAAAUUUCUAGCCUUACUAAAGGAAUCUCCAAGUCGGUACCAAGGAAACAGGCUGACCACACCUCGACCAGUGGGCAUUACUUCUCCAUCACAGUCAGUUACUCCACGACUCAGUUUCCAGCAUAGCAGCCAAGUGGUCAGUCGAUCCUCCUCUGUGGAGUCUCUCCCUUAUAGAGUGGCUGGCUUUGGUAGUGCGGGCCAAGGAGGCAGAGGACAGCAGGGAAGGAGCACUCCCAGAGACUCUUAUGCUGUUAGACUAUUAGUUGCCCCAGCUGAUGAUGAAUCAUCUUCUAAGGCAGCCAAAAACAAACCUUCAUCUGCCUCCUCUGGACAGGGGAUUUUGUCUUUCAAACCAUAUCUAAAUGGAGAUUCAGGCCACACAAGAGUCCUCACCCCUAACAAUUCUGGUCAGAGGGAAAGCAGAACCACACUAGAGAGUCUUCCAGGUUUCCAGCUACCAGUCCUUCAGACACUCUACCAACAGAGGCAGAUGGGAUUAGCCAGGGAGAGAGAAGAAUGGACCACUUCCAGAUAAGCCAUCAUCAAGGUCUGAUCUAUACAUAUUGCUGAAGGAUGGACUGUAGUAUCCAGUACUCAUUAGCAGAGAUGACCUUGGAAAUGUGCCCCUGUUUUGUUUCCUGGUUUCAUUCUGUACCUUAUUUCCUUUUGAUCUUUAUACUUGAUAUUACCUCUCAGGAAAGUGGUCAGGUCUAAAUAAGACUAAUGAUGUUUCUCCCCGAGAAAGUACAUUACUCCUUUCAUUUCCUAACAAUUUGAAACUAAGGGGGCUAGGGAUGUGGCUCAAGUGGUAGUGCGCUCGCCUGACAUGCAUGCGGCCCGGGUUCUAUCCUCAGCACCACAUACAAACAAACAUGUUGA